GUCUGUGAAGCAUGGCUGUUUACUUCAGUCUUGAAUUGUGUUCGGGGAGGUUCAACCAAAAUUUAAGAAGCCAUGCAUUUGUUUCAAAUUGAAACUCUGCUUUUGAUAAGUUUAGUAAGUUUUGCUGCGUCAGAAAUACUCGCUGGUCAAACUGUUAAGGACAUUCUAACAAAGCACAAAUGUCUAUGCCCUUGUGGAAAAGACUGGGAUGCCACGAAAGGAUUUGUCGUUCCGUUUGAGGAAGGCAACUGGUUCGAAGCGGCGUCCUACUGCGCUAGCCAGGGAAUGUCGAUGCUGCAACUGCGAGACAAGUUCGACAGCCAGGAUCUGAAGCAAUGGCUCGACGACCACGGGUAUGGAGCGGGGCAAAACUUUUGGAUCGGCGCCAACGACUUGGCCAAACCGGGGCUGUUUCGGUGGGGGCUGACGGCUAACGAGGUGACUUUUAGCAAGUGGGCCCGCGGAGAACCGAACUUUAUUACCGUCCGAGGAGAAACCGAACACUGCGUCGAGCUGAAUCCCAACACGAUGGAGUGGAACGAUUCGGGAUGUACGAAGCGGAUGCACUUUAUUUGUGAAACAUUCUCGAAUUAGAUCUGCUUUAAUAAAAAGUGUUUAUUGCCUAAGAACUAAUCUUCACAUAUGUAGUGUUGAGGUACGUGGCAGGAGAUAUCGUUCCAGGUCCACUUGGCAAAGCGUCCAAUUUCCAGGCAACGUUCUUCAACUAUGUCCGGUUGGCCAUCGUUCCAGUUGGUGUAACCGGUAAGUUUGGUAAAGUUGUGUAAAACCCAAAACCAGCUCCUGUUGUCAUCUCCCAGCUUCAUGCCACCAAUGUAGUAGAUAGACUUCCGAUGCACCUUGUCCAAGGUUUCCUCCAGCAAGGCUGCGUCCUCAGCCGAUGUAACCGUUGCCAGCCGUUGACCAUUCCGGAGACAGGCGUUCCAAGCCCCAAGAAAGUCAACUCUUUGGUCGUGAUAAACGUGGUAGCGUUUCACUGGACUUGGAUUGAAACCUCCAUUUCCGCAGAUACUGUCACCAGGAAACACGAUUCGUUUUGCCUCAAGAUCAUUGGAGUCGAGUUCGGAUGCACAGAAAAUCACCGACAGAAAGAAACUUAGCAAUACUAGAAUUUUCGAAGCCAUGCUGCACACUACUGGUUUAGUUGAUACUCGCUGGUGGAAUAAUCUCAUCAGAUUAGACUUCUUUUCUAAUGCCUUUUUUCCCUUGAAUCUGGGUAUAGAAUACAGGAAGCUCAAAAGUUUCGUUGAUGUCACCUUUAACCUUAAACUAUAUAAACUCACGAUAGUGUUCAAUUGAAGUAAAACAACCUUCUAGUGAUAGGAAUGCAGUAAAGCUCAGUGUUCUAAGU